AUGUGUUUUUCAUAACGUGUAAGUAUGUUAUAAAAAAAAUAUAUACAGUUUAAUGUGAGGAAAUCGCGUGACUUUGACAACUCGGUAAUAAAGCACAACAGCUCCGCUUCGUGUUCGAGGCGCGCAAUAGACAGUUUGAAGCAGCAGUUUUUCAAGGCAGUAAUCUAUAAAAAAAACAUCUCUCUUGUGAAUCAUGGAUCGGAGUUCGAAAUUACUGUUGGUGAAAAUUAUCACCGACUUCACUUGCAUGGCGAUUGUUGGUUUUGCGUUACUUGGACUACAUUGGUAUGCUCAACCCUACCAACGAGGAUUUUUUUGCAAUGAUGAAUCACUGAUGUAUCCUCGGCGCAGAUCAAUGGUUUCCAAUACCAUGCUCUAUACCGUUGGAAUCCUUAUGCCUUUAUGUGUGAUGCUUUGUGGUGAAUAUCUACACGCUAAAAAUACCAGCCGACAGUCGUCGAUGGUAUUAUUUGGUCGUGUAAUACCACGCUGGGUAGUAUUGGCCUAUCACAAGAUCGGAUCAUUUGCGUUUGGUGCUGCAGCAACGGUAUUGACCACUAAUGUGGCCAAAUAUGCGAUUGGUAGACUACGCCCACAAUUUAUAGAACUCUGUAAGCCAAGUAUCAAUUGCAGCUUGCCGAUAAAUCAUCAUAAAUUUAUCGAACAGGAUCAAUUUACAUGCACUGCGUCUAAGGUCACUACGAGACUCAUGAAAGAUAUCAGAUUGUCGUUUCCGUCAGGUCACUCAUCACUCUCCACCUACGCCAUGAUUUAUCUCGCUUUAUAUUUACAAUUGAGAAUAACCUGGAAAGGUAGCGGGAUAUUUAAACACUUUCUUCAGCUUGUUCUUAUUUUGUUAGCAUGGUUAACAGCGAUGUCAAGGAUUUCCAAUUACAAGCAUCACUGGAGUGACGUUCUCGUGGGAAUGCUUAUCGGUGUAAUCGUUUCCUUGAUUAUUGUAUUUGGGGUAGCGGAUUUAUUCAAAGAAAGACGAGAAUAUAGAAUAACAAAUGCUGGCCACGGUGAUAAAAUGUGUGCAAUGGAGUAUGAUGCUGAAAUAGCGAUGCAGGUGAACAACGGGAAUGUCGCUAGAUGCUGCAUUGUUCCUCCAGUUCGUUAAUCGAAGCUACAAUAAUUACCCGACAAUUAAGUCAACGAUGAUUAUAUGAGUCUGGAGUAAAUUUUGGUGACUGGCUUAGUGCCACUUUUUAUGAUGUCUCGUCAACAAUUUUAUACAGCUACUACUUCUCACUCUUCAUUGUACUCAAGUACACGCACGAAUGUUAUUUAUUUCUUAUUUUUUUUUUUACUUGAAAGCUUUUUAGCUGCCAUUCUCAUUUCGUUUUGUCUGAAAGAAGUUUAUAUUAGUUCUAUUGUUUAUUCGUUAUGUAAUGUUUUUUUGUUGUAUUUAAUUUUAAAUUGUAUAUAAUUUAUUAAUGAUUAAUACUUUUUUUAUACUGUGCUCUAUAGUCUAUGGGCAGUAGAAAUAUUUAAUAAUAUUUAACAAUAAUUAAUUAAUAUUAUUAAAUAGCGCAUACAUUUAAUAUAUUUGUCGAAAGUAAUUAGUAAAAAAAAAAAAAAAGCUUAAUUUGUUCAUUAUUUCAUGAAGAAAAAGUAAGACUUGAAGUGUUCUUAUGGUAUUUUCGAUAGUUUAUAGAAUAUUUGACCUGAAAAAUAAAAAAAACACUUAUUUUGAGAGAAUUACAUAAACAAUAGUAACAAAAAAUUGAUAAACAUUUGAGUUAGAGCUUCGGUUAAAAGCUCAAUUUGUUCAUUAAUGGAGAAUAAAAGAGACUUGAAGUGUUCUAGUCGUAUCUUCAAUAGUUUAUAAUUUGUCUUAAUAACAAUGAAGAAGAACAGAAACGUAGCGACAAGUCCAAGUGUACAAGAAUUUAAAAAACUACUUAAAAAAAAAAAGAAAAAAUGUUUUUCUACAAAAAAAAAAACAUGAUUGUUUUUAGUAUUUUUGUAGCAUUUAAAAAAAUAAUAUUGCGUAAAAAUGUAUUUGUUUAUGAAAAAUUGUUUGUUUAAUAAACAAAUAAAAAAUGAAUAAAAAAAUUUUUUUUGUAUGAUUUAAGAGAACCUGAUAAAUUAUAAUUAAAAAAAAAAUAAUGGUCCCUUAAUAUUAAUAUUAAGUAACAAAAAAAGUUGUUACUUAGCAAAUGCACUUUAUAGCAAUAAAAAAAUUUUUUUUAGAAACGAUUUUUUUUGUAAAAAUCGUUAUUUUCAUGAGGUAUCUUAUUCCCAAAAAAAAUUUUUUUUCAUCUUAUUAGAUCAUAUUAUAUAUUAAUCUAAGAUUAUAUGAUAUAUUAUUUUUAAUCUUAUCUAGAACUAGAGCUAGGGCUAGAUUCUGAAAGCAAGAAAAUUGGAUUACAUAUUAACGCAACUAAAACAAAGAUCAUAUCAAACCACAACAAAAAAGUAAUUAAAAUAUAUGCGUGUCAAACUUGGACCUAUACUGAAAAAAUAAAGAACAAAAUUCUAUCCUGUCAGCAUGCGAUAAUUUUACAUUUUAUUAAAUGAUAAAGACAGAUCAAUCAAAUAAUAAUUUAUAAUCAGUGACAUGGUGAUUUUAAACAAUUAAUGC